GAGUCUCGAUAUCCAAAAAGAAUUUACAUGUCCGAGAUUACUAAAAUUUCUCGUUGUUGAUGAUCCACAAGAAAGUCGCAAAGCUAUAAAUGCUUGUUGGCUGGUUAUUUCAAUUGGGUUUCUUUCUCUCUUAACGACGAAGUAUCGAUCCUUUCCUUUCCGCGUCUUCUAUUUAAACAUCAAACACAUUUUUCAAGAAAUCUUGUGUACAAUUCGUUAAUAAUGGCCUUCUACUCAUACCCUUCUCAUUCUUCGCCCUUAUCUUCAAACAUUUCUUCUUUUUCAUUCGUCAAUUCGUUUCUCAGAGUCAAAGAUUUCUUCACCCCUGCAGUUCCUGUGAUUAUUGGGAAUGUCUUCUCUGCAAUUUUCACCUUCUUCUUUGCAUUAGUUGGGACUUUAUUAGGGGCAAUGACUGGGGCUUUGAUAGGCCAAGAAACAGAGAGUGGAUUUGUGAGGGGAGCUGCAGUUGGAGCCAUUUCGGGUGCUGUUUUUUCCAUUGAAGUCUUUGAAUCUUCACUUGUUUUGUGGAAAUCAGAUGAAUCUGGGAUUGGUUGUCUUCUAUACUUGAUUGAUGUGAUUGUAAGCUUGUUAAGUGGUAGGCUUGUUCGUGAACGUAUUGGUCCAGCCAUGUUAAGUGCAGUUCAAAGUCAGAUGGGAGCUAUUGAAACUGGAUUUGAUGAGCUUCAUAGCAUAUUUGACAUUGGAGGUUCUAAAGGGUUGCCUGAAUAUUCUCUUGAAAAAAUACCCAAAAUUGCAAUUACAAGUGAUAAUGAUGUGGAUGAUUCAGGGGAGAGAGUCUCUUGCUCUGUAUGCCUACAGGAUUUCCAACUUGGAGAAACAGUUAGAAGUUUGCCACAAUGUCAUCAUAUGUUCCACCUACCAUGCAUUGAUAAAUGGCUUGUGAGACAUGGGUCUUGUCCAUUAUGUAGAAGAGAUAUUUAAAUUAUUUUUUUAUAUUUUUCUGAGUCAUGUAAAUUCCCAUUUUUUUUUCAGUUUGACCCCUGAAGUUUCUUUAUUUCUUGGGUUAGACCCUAACUUUUUGUAUGAUCUGUUUUGUAUAUGUAUCAUGAUAUAGAUGAGGUUUUAUGUAUAAAAGUAUAGUUUCAACA